GCUCCUUGAAUCUCUUGCGUGUACUUUCUGCACAAGUCGACGUUAUCUGUAAAUUGUGUCGCUGUUGGUGAACUUAUUAAUUGAGUUGUGGAUUUACAGUCGCCUUUUAUUUUGUUUCCGGCCAAGACGUUUAGAUGUCGUCUGUGGACGUUCGUGCUGCGCCGCUGCAAACCGCAGACAACCCUCAGAAGAUGAGUAAAACCACCGCAGCGGGUCCAAGGAGGGCUGCUCUGGGAGAGAUGACCAACUUUAACGGAGCAGCAGUCAACUCAAAGAGAAUUGGGCCCUCAAAACCAUCAUUCAGGUCCUGUGCUCAGAAAGCUAAACUUGUCCAGAGGGUGGCUCCAGUAGUCCAGGUCCAACCAGCUGCAGAUCCUCUUCCUCCAGUUUCAGAGGCGCCAGCUGUCGUGUCCGUGGAGGAGGAGGAACUGAGCCAGGCUUUCUCUGAGGUGCUGCUGACGGUGCAGGAUGUGGAUGAGCAGGAUGCAGACCAGCCUCAGCUCUGCUCCCAAUACGUCAAAGAGAUCUACAAGUACCUGCACACCCUGGAGGUGCAGCAGGCCGUACGACCCAACUACAUGCAGGGGUACGAGAUCACAGAUCGCAUGCGAGCGCUGCUGAUCGACUGGCUGGUCCAGGUUCACUCCAGAUUCCAGCUGCUGCAGGAGACUCUGUACCUCACAGUUGCCAUUCUGGACCGUUUUCUCCAGGUCCAGCCGGUCUCCCGCAGGAAGCUGCAGCUUGUCGGCGUGACGGCCAUGUUGGUGGCCUGUAAGUACGAGGAGAUGUACGCUCCAGAGGUCGGGGACUUCGCCUACAUCACAGACAACGCCUUCACCAGGUCUCAGAUUCUGGAGAUGGAGCAGCUGAUGCUGAGGGCCCUCAACUUCCAGCUGGGACGCCCGCUGCCGCUGCACUUCCUCAGACGAGCCUCCAAGGUGGCAAACUCUGACGUAGAGAAACACACUCUGGCCAAGUAUCUGAUGGAGCUGACCCUCCUGGACUACGACAUGGUGCACUACCGGCCCUCUGAGAUCGCCGCCGCCUCCCUGUGUCUCUCCCAGCUGCUGCUCGACGGGCUGCCGUGGUCGCCCACACAGCAGCACUUCUCGACUUACGACGAGGCCCACCUGAAGCCCAUCAUGCAGCACAUCGCCAAGAACGUGGUGCAGGUGAACGAGGGGAAGACGAAGUUUCAGGCUGUGAGGAACAAGUACUCGAGUAGCAAGCUGAUGAAGAUCAGCCUCAUCCCUCAGCUGAAGUCGCCCAUCAUCAGCAACAUGGCGGCCGCUUUUCUCAAGGAUCCCUGAGUCCAACAUUUUUUAUUUGUUGGACUUCACAUGCACUUUGUUUUAGUUCACUCGCAACCCCGGGGGGGCUGGGUAGGAGAUGUUUCUCAUUUCUUUUAAAAUUGUGCCUUUUUUUUCAGCCAGUCUUAAACAUUUUUAUGAUUUUUAAGAUGUAAAUGUACAGAAGUGACCUUGUGUAUUAGGUGUGCUUGUUUUGUUAAUGAAGUUUAAAUAAAAAUGUUUUAGGAAA